AGCCUCUUCAGCACAGCCUUCUUCUCCUGCCUUUGCUGUAUCUGGUCCAGUUCCUGCCAAGAUGUCCUGCCAGCAGAGCCAGAAGCAGUGCCAGCCUCCUCCCAAGUGCCCCUCCCCAAAGUGCUCCCCAAAAUGCCCCCCAAAGAGCACAACACAGUGUCUGCCUGCAGCCUCUUCCUGCUGUGCUACAAGCUCUGGGAGCUGCAGUGUCCCUAGCUCUGAGGGAGGCUGCUGCCUGAGCCACCACAGGCGCAGGUCCCACAGAUGCAUGCACAGGAGCUCCAGUUCCUGUGACCGUGGCAGUGGUCAGCAGUCUGGGGGUUCAGGCUGUGGUCACAGCUCUGGGGGCUGCUCCUGACCUGGAACAUGAUGCUGAGACAAGACAGUCUGGAGGAAACAUCCCAGGGGUCAAGGAAAACCCAGCUAGUCUUGUUUUGUCUGAUCCUGGAGAGUCUUCUCUGCCUGUCUGAUGCUCACUCCCCUUGUUCACUUCCUUCCUGUGGAAUGCAUGUGCCCAUCCUUGGUUUUGACUAGAAUAAAGAUUCUAUCCCCACCACA